AUGUUGUCGGCUUCGAGAACAGCUGUUAGGGCAACACGCUCGAUUCGUGGUUUAGCUACUGCUAUCAACAAGGACUCGCAAAUCAACCAGAACUUGUUGGAGACCCACUCCUUCAUCAACUACAAGAAGCAGUUGGAAAACCUCGACAUUGUCAAGGCCAGGUUGAACAGGCCUUUGACCUACGCUGAAAAGAUUCUUUACGGCCACUUGGACGAUCCUCACGGACAGGAUAUCGAGAGGGGAGUCUCUUACUUGAAGUUGAGACCGGACCGAGUUGCUUGUCAGGAUGCUACCGCGCAAAUGGCCAUUUUGCAGUUUAUGUCUGCCGGUAUGCCCCAGGUUGCCACACCUUCAACUGUCCACUGUGACCACUUGAUCCAGGCGCAAGUUGGUGGCCCCAAGGACUUGGCUAGAGCCAUUGACUUGAACAAGGAAGUUUACGAUUUCUUGGCCUCGGCCUGUGCCAAGUACAACUUGGGUUUCUGGAAGCCAGGCUCCGGUAUCAUCCACCAAAUUGUUCUUGAAAACUAUGCUUUCCCAGGUGCAUUGUUGAUUGGUACCGAUUCCCACACGCCAAACGCGGGUGGUUUGGGUCAAUUGGCCAUUGGUGUUGGUGGUGCCGAUGCCGUUGACGUUAUGUCUGGUUUGGCUUGGGAGUUGAAGGCCCCCAAGAUUAUCGGUGUCAAGUUGACUGGUAAAAUGAGCGGCUGGACCUCACCAAAGGAUAUCAUUUUGAAAUUGGCUGGUAUCACUACCGUGAAAGGUGGUACCGGUGCCAUUGUUGAAUACUAUGGUUCCGGUGUCGAGACUUUUUCGUGUACCGGUAUGGGUACCAUUUGUAAUAUGGGUGCUGAAAUUGGUGCCACCACCUCGGUGUUCCCAUUCAACAACUCGAUGGUUGACUACUUGGACGCUACUGGAAGAUCCGAUAUUGCCCAAUUUGCCAAUGUCUACAAGAAGGACUACCUUUCCGCUGACCCCGGUUGUGAAUAUGACCAAGUCAUUGAAAUCGACUUGAACACUUUGGAACCACACAUUAACGGUCCAUUUACUCCUGAUUUGGCUACUCCAGUUUCCAAGAUGAAGGAGACUGCCAUUGCCAACGACUGGCCUUUGGAUGUCAGAGUUGGUUUGAUUGGUUCAUGUACCAACUCCUCCUACGAAGAUAUGACCAGAGCUGCUUCCAUCAUCAAGGAUGCCGAAGCCCACGGUUUGAAAGCCAAGGCCUUGUACACCGUUUCCCCAGGUUCCGAGCAAGUUAGAGCCACCAUUGCCAGAGACGGUCAAUUGAAGACUUUUGAAGAUUUUGGUGGUGUCGUGAUGGCCAACGCUUGUGGUCCAUGUAUCGGUCAAUGGGACAGACAAGACAUCAAAAAGGGUGAAAAGAACACCAUUGUGUCGUCUUUCAACAGAAACUUUACUUCAAGAAACGACGGUAACCCAGCCACCCACGCUUUUGUUGCCUCGCCAGAAAUGGCCACUGUUUACGCCAUUUCGGGAGACUUGGGUUUCAACCCAAUCACCGACACCUUGGUUGGUGCCGAUGGUAAAGAGUUCAAAUUGAAAGAGCCACAAGGAGUCGGUUUGCCACCAGAUGGAUACGACCCUGGUGAAAACACCUACCAGGCCCCACCACAAGACAGAGCUUCAGUGGAAGUUGUCAUCUCGCCAACCUCGGACAGAUUGCAGAAGUUGACUCCAUUCAAGCCAUGGGACGGCAAGGAUGCCGAGAGAUUGCCAAUCUUGAUCAAGGCGGUUGGUAAGACCACCACCGAUCACAUUUCUAUGGCUGGUCCUUGGUUGAAGUACCGUGGUCACUUGGAAAACAUCUCCAACAACUAUAUGAUUGGUGCCACCAAUGCUGAAAACGGCAAGGCCAACGAGGUCAAGAACCACUACACCGGCAAAUGGGACGGUGUUCCACAAACCGCUGCCGCCUUGAGAGACGCUGGCCACAAGUGGGUUGUCAUUGGUGACGAGAACUUUGGUGAAGGUUCGUCUAGAGAACACGCUGCUUUGGAGCCAAGAUUCUUGGGUGGUUUUGCCAUCAUCACCAAGUCCUUUGCCCGUAUCCACGAAACCAACUUGAAGAAGCAAGGUUUGUUGCCAUUGAACUUUGUCAAUGUGGCUGACUACGACAAGAUCAACCCAACCGACGAAAUCGACUUGAUUGGCUUGACCGAAUUGGCCCCAGGCAAGAACGUCACCAUGAGAGUUCACCCAGAAAACGGGGAAGCUUGGGAAACCGAAUUGUCGCACACUUACAACAAGGAGCAAAUUGAAUGGUUCAAAUACGGUUCAGCCUUGAACAAGAUGGCUGCUGCUGAAAAGGGAAGCAAGUAA